CGUACAUUGGUGAGGACUCCUUGUCUAGUCUUUGAAAAGUCUACGAAAACAAGACUUGGCCAAGGCAGCUAAACGUAUUGAGCAGGAACACGAUAUGGAAGACAGUGAACCCCAGGAUUCAGACAACAUUAUUCAAGACACCAGUGCACCAGAAGACAAUGGAUCAAACGACAGCGGACCAGAGGAAACGGAAGUAAAAUCUGUCCUCAACCCAGAGGGAGCAUCGGACACGGCAGAAACACUGUUUAUGGCCAGAAAUUUGAGACGGAUGGAUGGAGAAAACCAGGUUUACGUCAGACGUCGACUAGCUCAGAAAUUGGAGCGGCAACAAGAGGACCUAAAGAAAAAGCAAGAAAGUGAGAACAAGACAAAACCCCAAAAUGCGGGCAAUGCCCAUGGGUCAAAUUGUAAACUGCUGAUCAUGACUUGCUUUCUUCUUCCUUCUCUGCUUCUAGCAAUAGUCUGCCUGUUGUCGUCAUUAAUUAGAAAUGAAAAAGAACUCAAUUAUUACAUGCUGGGAUUGUCUAACUUCGAGAUGGGGCAGUAUGAGUCAGCCUUGUGGUGGUUUCUUAAGGACCUAGAGGUACAAGAAGCUAUAGAAGAUGAGGCAGCCCAGAUAAAUGCGCGCGUAGGUGUAGCUGAUGCAUACAGGCUACUAGGCAAAACAGACCAGGCAACAUUCCAAUUCAACACAGCCUUACAGCUGGCACAGCUGACAGGGAAUCUACAUGGACAGAUGCAGGUUUACUUCUCGAUGGGUGACAUGGAGAAGGAACAAUUCCACUCCCCACGUACAGCCAUCCAGUAUUAUGAACAGGCUCUCGCACUACCGGAAAAUUUGGGGGACAUUCGCAAAGAAAGAAUGGCUUAUAUCAAGCUGGGACUGGCAAACUACGAAAAUAAAGAGUAUGAAACAGCACUGGAGUGGGACCAAAAGUUUCUAAUGAUUAGCCAAAACAAUGGAAACAAGAUUAAAGAGAUAACAGCGCAUAAAAACGCGGUUGAUUCCUACAAGGCAUUGGGUAGACCGGACCAGGCCAGAUAUCACUAUCAGUCAGCCCUGACAAUCGCCAAGGAAACAGGAAACAAACAGGAACAGAUGAACAUUUACCUCGGCCUGGGUGAUUUACACAGGAAACAGCUACAUGAACCACAGGAAUCACACAAGUACUACACAGAGAUGUUGGCCCUGGCUAAAGACUUGGGGAAUAAGGACGAUGAGAGGCUGGCUUAUAACAGACUCGGACUGGCUUCUGGUUCCUACCAGGCACUGGGUAAACUGGACCAGGCCAGAUCCCACUAUCAAUCAGCCAUAAACAUCGCAAUAGAAAUAGGAAACAAACAGGAACAGAUGGACAUUUACCUCGGCCUGGGUGAUUUACACAGGGAACAGCUACAUGAACCACAUGAAUCACACAAGUGCUACACAGAGAUGUUGACUCUGGCUAAAGACUUGAAGAGGAAGAACAUGGAGAGACUGGCUUACAACAGACUCGGACUGGCUUGUGGGGACAUGCAGGAUAACGAGGCAGCUCUGGAGUGGCAUCAGAAGAACCUGAUGUUGAGCAAAGAGCAUGAAAACAAGAACGAACCGCUAAUAGCACACAAAAACACAGCGCGUUCUUACCAGGCACUGAGUAAACCGGACCAGGCCAGAUCUCACUUUCAAUCAGCCCUAGACAUCGCCAUGGAGACAGGAAACAAACAGGAACAGAUUGACAUUUACCUCGGCCUGGGUGACUUACACAGAGAACAGCUACAUGAACCACAGGAAUCACACAAGUACUACACAGAGAUGUUGGCACUGGCUAAGGAGAUAGAAAGUAAGGAAGAUGAGAGACUGGCUUACGGCAGACUCGGGGUGGCUUGUGAGGUCAUGCAGGAUAACGAGGCAGCUCUGGGGUGGUAUCAGAAGUAUCUGGAGAUGAGCCAAACGGGUGAAGACAAGACUGAACAGAUAACAGUACACAAAAGAAUAGCUGCUUCCUACCAGGCACUGGGUAAACUGGACCAGGCCAGAUCUCACUAUCAGUCAGCCCUGGACAUUGCCAUGGAGACAGGAAACAAACAGAAACAGGAGGACAUCACUAAGAGUCUCGCUAAUCUGUAAUUGUAUGGAAAUCAGUAUAGAAAAAGUGUGGUUUCCGUAACACAGUCCGUAAUGUACCUUGUAGGUAAACUUAUCUUUAGUAGUAAUCAAUCUAUCUUAAUUAGA